AUGGACUCGAUCAACUUCAACAUAAAAGUACCGCUGCUCGAAAAGGCAGCCACAAACGUAAAGGAUAUCAUCUCACACAUCAGACUCAACGAUGGAAUCUACUUCGAUCGCAGCAAAUACAACAAGGAGGAAAUUACGAAUGACCUAAGAAGUAAUAACGUCCAAAAAAAGAUACAAGGAGUUAAGCGUCUCCUCAUCGCUCACUCCAUGAAGGAAGACGUUUCUGAAUUCUACGUGGAAGUUCUAAAUAAUUUGUCAAAUAAAAAUCGCACUCUGAAGAAGCUGAUCUAUAAUUAUUUAUCUCUCUAUGGUGAUCGGAAUGCUGACCUGAGCAUGCUUACUGUAAAUUCGUUUAAAAAGGACAUCCUCAGUAAUGAUUUCCAAAUUCGUGCAUAUGCCUUGAGGGCCAUGUGCUGCUGUAGGUCACUCGAGAUGAUAAAUAUUGUGAUGGAUUCACUUAAGAUAAUGGCGAAGGAUAGAUCUCCUUAUGUUAGAAAGACAGCAGCCGAUGUGAUUCCUUCUAUAUAUAACGUUGAUCCUGAUCGGUACCUCCUGAUCAUGCAUCCCUUCCACCAGACCUACCUAAUCGACUUGCUGCUCCUAUACUGCAGGGUAUUUUACCGAGACCCCCUUACAAAUAAUAACAUAAAUUUUAAGGAACUGUUUCGUGUGUUCGGUUACCUCGAUGGAGGUGACACUGAGGAGGGUGGAGAGGAGGCGGAGGAGUCCUCCCCCUCUCGAGUGAUCCCCGACAAGGGGGAGAAAUGGAAGCACCGUCCUGGGGAGGAUUCCCCUAAUGUACAGUGCAUUCCCCGUAACGGUACAGGGACGUCCCGCAGGAGAAGCCCCUCCCCAUAUCACUCCCACUACUGCACGGGCGACGAGUGGGACGACGAGUGGGAUGACGAGCAGGAACAACAGCAGCAGCAGCAACAGCCGCAACAGCAGCGCCGCUACGGAGUGGACAUCGAGCUGUUCAUUAAAAAAUUGCUCCUCCUGUUGUCCUCCUGUAGCUACAACGUAGUCAUACAAUCCAUCUCAUCUCUGUACCACCUGACCAAGUUUACCUUCAAGGAGAGUAUGAUCCAAGCGAUUAUCUCGUGUAUCAUGAAGUGCUCCAUGGAGGGGAAUGACCACAUGUAUGCUCUCUUUAUCAGAAGCGUACAGUCGAUUAUAAUUCAUUUGAGACAAGACUUCGCUGCUUAUCUCUCCUUCUUCUACAUUAGCGCUCUAGACAGUACCGUCAAAAAAAAAAUCAAAAUAGACAUGCUCUACAUACUAAGUAAUGAGGAAAACAGGCCAAUCGUUUUGGAGGAGCUACUACAUGCUCUGUUUCAACCAGGAAACGAGGAUCUCAUUGUGAAGAAGCUGUUUAGACACAUAACUGCAGUGGCUGUGGUGGAUUCAUCGUGUCUCUCCACAGUCAUGCAACACAUCAUUGCUCUCUUAAACUCGAGUCUUGAGUUGUACUCCUAUGAGGCCAUUCUCUCGCUAAGGCAGUUACUGAGACAGAGUGACGUAGAGCGUAUCUCCCAAAUUAAUUUUUUCUUGACUCGCAUUUUUUUUACCAUUGAAUCGACGGAAGUCCAAGCGUCCGUGUUGUGGACCCUGGCCAAGUACCAGAACUUCAUGGACCAUCUGCUGCUUUUCGAUUUUGCUCGCAUGUUGGUGAAGCGCUUUGAGCACAUGGAGGGGGCGCUAAAGGUCCAUGUCCUCCACUUCGUGCUAAAGGUUUGGGCCUACCAGUACGCCAUUUGGUUCCUCCACGGGCGGGGCGCGGCAGGGGAGGGGCAAAACGGCAACGCGGCAGGUGAGAAGCAAAACGGGGAAGGGACAGGUGAGAAGCGGGUCUGGGAGAGACCCGCCGCAACAACGAGCAUCUACCAAGAGCAGCACAGCAAGCUCGCACAGGGAACGAACAACCACGUGGUGCACAUGGCGCAGCACCUGGAGGACUUUGCCAAGUACGAGCGCCUAUGCAAGCUGGCCCUUCUGCAGGGAUCGCGCCCUGAGGAGCGUUUCGACAUCCAAGAGACCAGUAAAUUUUACGCCAACAUCAUGCUCAGGAUAAGGGAGCUAGCAAACAAAGGUGAUCUCAACGUGACCUUUUGGCAAAGGGACCUCUACAGAGAAGCAGUGAACGAGUACACCCUUCCUCUUUGCUACUUGAAGCACGUUUUUCUCAACACUGGAAAUGGAGACCCUUCUGGGGUGUUGCGUCUCAGUAGGGAGGAAAUGCAGCGUGUGCGCAACUCUCCCGUUGGGGCGGCUCAGGGGGUAGAGCACGAUGGUUACGGAGACUACCACUUCGACUUGGAUCACAACUGUAAUGGCAGCGGCAAUCGAAGUGGCGAUCUCGACGGCAAUCUCGACUACGGCGAUGGGGACGUCCAAGUCGACCUGAAGAACCCAGCUGUCCUGCAGCUGAAUACCAUGUCGAGCAUCCUCAACAGAAGACUCCCAUCCUACGUGGAGCUGCCCGACUUUGCGGACGAAGAUUUGCCCAGAAGCGCACACAUGACAAACAGGAAAAAAACGAAGCAGCCCCUGACGAGUAUCUCUUCGAGGGAUGUACAGAUCAGCUACACUGCCCACUUGAGCAGUAAUCAAAUUUUUUCCGACGUGGACGAUUUUUACAGGGAGGAGGGAAAUCUCGUGGAUAGGCAAACAGGCUACACACAAAACACGCUGCGGAAUGCGCACAAACAGAUGCUGCAUCCCACCAGCGGACUGCUAACCAACAGGGGGACCAAAAUUCAGGGCGAGGAUGACGAGUCUGAUGACGAGCAGAAUGGAGGCCCCCCCAAAGUAGGCGAUAGUGCGGAUACAUACCUAGGGGAGUGCAUCUCCGCCACCAAUUUUUCCAAAAUAGACGAGCAGCAAAUAAACGAUAUAGAAAAGUUCUUCUUCAGUGAUGAUGAAGAUUUCGAGGGAGCUGAAUAA